AUGUAUCUCCAUCUGAAGGAUCUGACAUCUGACAAAGUCAAGUCUCCUUGGUCUACUCUUCGGCAGGAUGAAAUCAACAGGGAGGAAAUCUUCCAGGAUGUGACUCGGUGUAUGCAAGACAAUUAUUUUUUUCGAGAACCAUCCACUCAGAAGAAAUUAUUGGACAUUCUCUUCAUCUACUCCAAACUCAAUCCUGAUAUCGGAUAUCGACAGGGUAUGCAUGAGCUCUUGGCACCAAUCCUUUGGAUUAUCCAACAGGACGGCAUCGAUCUUAUGACAGCCGUGAACGUCGACAAGCAAGCGGAAGGGGCAGACUUGAUGCUCGAAGCCCUAGACAGCAAGUACAUCGAGCAUGACGCCUUCAGCCUCUUCUGUGCAGUGAUGCAGACAGCAAAGGCUUUCUACGAAAUUGGAGAAAACCGAGACUCAUCACCAAUCGUUGAGAGGAGCAAGAAAAUUCACGAAGAGAUAUUGGCAGCUGUGGAUCCGGAGCUUGCUACCCAUUUGACAGUCAUUGGAAUUCUACCACAAAUUUAUAGCAUGUAA